AUUCAAAAGCAAUCAAUGAUAACACACACACACACUCAUUGAUAACAUAGAAAAAAAAAUAUAUUUAUUAAAAUUUAAAAAUAAAAUAAACAAUUGAAUAAAUAUUAUAAUUAAAAUUUAUAAACAAAUAAAUUUUUUAUACUGGUUUUUAAAUUAAUUAUGGAUUUUUCAAAAUUUCAUGAAUUUAUGGAGCUUGUUGGUCGUCUCAAGCAUUUGAAAAGAACCGGAUGGGUUUUAAAGGACAUCAAGGAACCAGAAUCAAUUGCCGGCCACAUGUACAGAAUGGCUGUUCUAUCAAUGAUGGUUGAUGAUGAAGACAACAUUGAUAAAUUAAAAUUAAUUGAAAUGGCAUUGAUUCACGAUUUGGCUGAAUGUAUUGUUGGUGAUAUAACACCAGUAUGUGGAAUUCCAGUUGAAGAAAAACAUCGUCGUGAAGAAGAAGCAAUGGUGGAAAUUUGUAAUUUAUUGGGUGAUAAAGGCCCUGAAAUGCUCAAACUUUUUCAUGAAUACGAGUGUCAAGAAUCAGUUGAAGCAAAAUACGUUAAAGACUUGGAUCUUUUGGAUUUUAUUAUGCAAGCAUAUGAGUAUGAAAAAAGAGACUCAUCACCAGGUUAUCUUGAAGUUUUUUUUUCAACUUCAAUUUGUAGAAUAAAACAUCCAAAAAUUAAAAAAAUUGCUAGUGAAAUUGUUGCUAAACGUGAUGAUCUUUUUAAAAAUAAAUUUGAUACUUUGAUGAUUAAAAAUUAAUAUAAGAAAAAUUUUUUUUUAUAAAUUUCAAUGAUGAAAUUUUUAGAGCUUUUAUUUCAUCAGAUAAAUAAUAAUCAAUAGUAAUAUUUUAUUAUAUUUUAGCUGCUUUAUAAUCAUCUUAAUUGUCUAGAUGACAAAAAAAUUAAUUUGAAUAAAAAAAAAAAAAAUCACGUGUUGUCUAAUGUUCAUCGUAUCAACUAUUUUUUAUAUAUAAAAAUUUAUUAAAUUUAUAUUUUAAAAUUAUUCCUAAUAAAUAAAAAAAAAAUUAACUAUUGUAUUGUUUAAAUAUUUUUUAUACAUCAUUUCAAAUGAAUAAAAUAUUUAUGACAAAAAUAAA